UGCAUCCGCAGGCUGAGCUUUGCCUAGUUACCCAGAGGGCUGGGAAGAGCAGGGCUUGGAGAGGGGAGGAGAGAUCCCGCUGUGGAGGGCUCUGAGAGAGGCGGGGAAGGGGGGGGGGCGCAUUCACCCUGAACAGUCUGCAAGCCCCAGAAGGAAACCAGAGAAAGGGAGGCAUUUCUGAAGCAGCAGCGGGGGGGGGGGGGGGGCGAAGCUCCAGGGGACACCCACCUGCCGUAGGGAUCCCAGAAGCAGCCGCCAGCCAAACCAACCCCUCUCCCCGGGCCCCCAGAUCUUUAAAAGCGGCGGCGGGGCGGGGGUGAGAGGAGGAGGGGGGGUUAAAGACAAGGAAGCAAAGGGAUCCAGAGCAAAGGCAGCUCAGGAACAAGAUGGUUGUGAAUUUUAAUCUAUCUCAGCCUUAACAAAAAUUGGGAAAGGAAAAAUGGAUCAUUUAUAUUUUUCCAGUGCUUUUGGCAUGGAGGUCAGUGCCCAAGAUGUAAAUUCCUCCUCACUGAUGAACAUGACAGACAAUAGGACUAUGCCAGGACUGCCUGUGUCCAAAGACAUUCACACAGUUCUUAUCUCUAUCAUAUAUCUCCUUGUAUGUGCAAUCGGACUCAGUGGGAACACCCUGGUCAUUUAUGUGGUUUUGCGUUAUGCCAAGAUGAAAACAGUCACCAACAUUUACAUCUUGAAUUUAGCAGUAGCUGAUGUACUCUUCAUGCUUGGCUUGCCGUUCCUGGCUACUCAGAACGCCAUCUCUUACUGGCCCUUUGGCUCCUUUUUGUGUCGGCUCAUUAUGACCGUAGAUGGCAUUAAUCAAUUCACCAGUAUCUUUUGCUUGACUGUCAUGAGUAUGGAUCGCUACCUUGCAGUAGUUCAUCCCAUCAAGUCCACCAAAUGGCGGCGUCCAAGGGUGGCCAAACUGAUCAGUAUAACAGUCUGGACUUUCUCAAUCUUGGUGGUUCUUCCAGUCAUUAUAUUUUCAGAUGUUCAGGAACACCUUCACACCUGCAACUUGAACUGGCCAGAGCCAGUAAACAUAUGGUCAGCAGCCUUCAUCAUUUACACAUCGGUCUUAGGAUUUUUUGGACCCCUGAUGGUGAUCUGCCUCUGCUACCUGCUGAUCGUGAUUAAGGUCAAGUCUUCUGGGGUCCGAGUUGGGUCUUCAAGGUGCAGACGGUCAGAGAGGAAAGUGACCAGGAUGGUGGUCAUCAUUGUGGUUGUCUUUGUGUUUUGCUGGCUCCCGUUUUAUAUACUGAACAUUGUCAAUUUGAUAUCCACCUUGCCAGAAGAACCUGGGUUACUUGGUGUUUACUUCUUUGUCGUGGUUCUGUCCUAUGCAAACAGCUGUGCCAACCCCAUACUUUAUGGAUUUCUCUCUGACAACUUCAAGCAGAGUUUUCAGAAAGUUUUAUGUCUCCGGAAGGGUAAUGGUGUUGAAGACGGAGAUCCAACCAAGCACAGGCAGGAGAACAGCAGCCGCUUGCAAGAAGCAAUGCUAACCCAGAGAAACAUGGAAUUCAAUGGACAUAUGCAAACAAGUAAGGUGUAAGGUCCUGGCUUGAAAAACUGUAAAUAAACUGCAGAGCUGAAAAACUGGGGGGAUCAAAAUCAGAAAUGAAACUGAAAUCCUGAGACCCACAAGCUCAAACAAAUGUACGUAGAUUCCCCCUCCCCCAUGAAAGAAUUAUGGAUUAUAUUGGAUUCUGUGGAAUGCCUAAGGCACUGUACCUAAAGCAAUCAGAUGUGUUACCACUUUCUCUUUCUAUAUGCUGGGGACAGAUUUACUGGUACAUUCUGGCUGCUCUGUGCCAUUCUGGUGAUGCAAAGCAGCUGUGACCCUGUUUUAACAAUCCUAUUUGAUUUUUGGUCAGCAAAAAGCAAAGAGUGUAUUGGUUCAUUUGCCCCAAAAUAUUCUCAAAAGUUUGUUAAGUGAAUGUUUUAUAUUAAAAAAGGAAAAAGC